UCUGCCCCCCCCGCUCCCGCCCCAUCCGGCAGGCAUGGCUGCGAGCGCGGGGGAGCUGCGGCGGCGGCGGGGGGCGGCCGGGCCGGCGGGAGCCGCCCCCGACCCGCGGGAGCCGCGCGCCCCUCCGGCGCCCCCCCUGCGCCCCGGCUCCUUCUGGCUGACGCGGCUGGUGCUGCUGCGCGCCACCGCCUUCGUGUACUUUGUUGCCUUUCUGGUUGCCUACCAUCAAAACAAAGCACUUAUUGGAGAUCGAGGGCUUCUGCCAUGCAAGCUAUACCUGGAGAAUGUGAAGCACUAUUUCAAGGGCAGAAUAAACAUGGAGACAUUAAGCUAUGCCCCAACUCUGUUCUGGUUCUUGGAUUGGUCCAGCAUGAACAGCGUCCUCGAUGCCUUCGCUCUCAUUGGUUUGGCCAUCUCAGCUUUUGUCCUGGUCACUGGAUGUGCCAACAUGAUUCUCAUGGCUGCUGUGUGGAUGAUCUACCUCUCUCUAAUUAACGUGGGACAGAUCUGGUAUUCCUUUGGUAAGUGAAUAUAACUCAGAGCAUCUGGAAUAGUUGUUUUUUUCAUGCACUUUUCGGGUAUGUAAUAUUUUA